UAUCCCCUCCUUCCCCUUCUCCCUAACCCUAACCAUUCCUCUCCAUCUCUCCAUUACAAAAAUGCAUGCUUUAACUGUGCUCACAUCUUCCUCUUGGAUUUCUUCACUUUCCUCCUCACAGAAGGCAGUGAAAGAGAAGCAGCUGGGGAAGAAGGAGGAGGAGGAGGAUCAGGAGCACAGAAGGCCACAGGGAACUGUACAUUUUCUAACCACUCCUCUCCUCUCUGCAAUCCUCACCUUAUCCAAUCCUCUCGUCCCUGUUCCAGCCACAUUUUCCCAGCCAGAAUUCCCCAAGGGAACAGCACUAUUUCAGAAGGCGUGCAUUGGCUGCCAUGAUAGGGGAGGAAACAUACUCCAACCAGGUGCCACUCUUUUCAUAAAAGACCUCCAAAGGAAUGGAUUGGCAACAGAAGACGAUAUAUACAACAUAACAUACUAUGGCAAAGGAAGGAUGCCAGGUUUUGGAGAGAGAUGCACGCCGAGAGGGCAAUGCACGUUCGGGCCUCGGCUUAAAGAGGAAGAGAUCAAGCAAAUUGCUGGCUUUGUGAAAUUACAAGCUGAAAGAGGUUGGCCAAAUAUUGAAACCUAUGGAGAUUGAUUUCUUUAUUACAGAACUAACUACAUAGUUCUUUAAGUGGAAAAGGAGAAAACUUGUGUAAUUUGCAUGAAGUUAUAUUAUGAAUAAUGUUGUGGAAUUUGCAGAGAAGCUACUCAAGCAAGAUUAUUCCUGAUAUCUAAGCAAAAGAUUAUUCAAGCUAUCUAUUUGCUUGUGA